AUGUUAUCACGGCUUAGAAUCGGAACCAAAAAGGGCGCAGUUCAUGAGCCGACUAGUAAAGAAGAGCUUGAUACAGUUCUUGCCGAAGGAAUCUAUCUGGAGCGUGCAUUGCAUGCCAUGGAUAUGGUAAUGGACGGCCAGCUGGACGAGGCUGAAAAAUUGCUAGGAGAGGACAGCGUGUUCCAUAAAAUUGCUGCCGGCGUAUUGUAUUUCCUUGAGGCAGUUGCUGGAUUCGAGCCAGAGGCGGUCCGAAAGGCAAUUUCAACUCUUUCGGUGGCGGAAUCGGCCGCCUCCAAAGCCAAGGAUCAGGCGCUCACCAGGGGCAUCAAGACCUCCUCGUUCCGGCCUGGUGCGGAGUACGAGAUGGUAUUGAUCGAGUCGAAUCUGCUAACAGCCGUUUCCAUGUUCCUAUCAGAAAGCGUUUUUGAUGCUAUUAAAGCCUUGUACAAGCUCCGAAAGACAUACGGUGCGCUUGAGGACAUCCGCAAACACGUGACCGAUACCCAAACUGGGCAGUCUUUCCAACCAUUGUGGUCCGACUAUAAUGGAACAGAUAUGGAGCGUUUCCGCAAAGUCUAUGCAAACCGCACGGAGGUCGAUCUUAUUGAGGCGGUUAAUGCGUACCCCCAAACCUCCAUGGAUGAGUAUAUCAUCAGUGGUGUUGAGACAUGCUCUGGCCUGAUGCAUGUUGUGCUAUCUUCCAUUCCCCCCAAUUUGAUUCGUCUUCUUUCUGUGGUUGGAUUCAAGGGCGACCGUGAAAUGGGAUUGGGCUUAUUGUGGAAAGUGACUGGAACCUACACGAAUAUUCACAGCAGCUUAUCGUUGAUUGCAUUGCUCUUGUUCUUCGAUGGGCCUCUGAAUUACAAGGAUAUCCAGCUUUCUCCAGAGGAGGAGAAGGCUAUUGAUGAAAAGUACUGUGACUCCAACAGGGCGCCAACCCCCCUAACUACGGCUAGAAUGACUCCUGGACAACUGAAACAGACCAAAGAGCGUUUGAAGGAGGCUCUUAUAAGGACCCGCAAACAUUACCCACGUGGAUUGCUCUGGCAACUCCAAUGGGGUAGGAUGAUUGCAGUCGAGAACCUUGAAGAGGGCACGGCCAUACUAGAGAGCGACGAAUGCGGUCCUUCACAGAUUAUUCAAAUCGAGGCUCUUUUGGUUUUCGAUCGCAUCAACAUGUUCCUCCCUUUGCAUCGAUACGAGGACGCGGCCAGAGAUUAUAUCCGUUUGCUUAAAAUCUCUACUUGGUCGCAUGCCCUCUAUUACUACAUGGCCGCUGGAUGCCACUUGGAAUUGUAUCGCAAGCUAGGUAACGGGCCCGAGGCCGAGGCUCAUAAAGCUAAGGUCAACGACUACCUAGAGAAAGCUCCUGAAAAGGUAGUUGGUGCCCGCACUCUUAUGGGCAAAACUAUGCCUUUCGAUCAUUUUGUCGUCCGCAAGGUCAAACAAAUCAAAGCCGCUGCCAAAAAGCAUAAUGUUUGCUUAGCAGAUGCAGUCGGAACUUCUUUGAUUUUGGAAGCCGGAUACUUUUGGUAUGCGCAUGCUCGCACUCCCGAGAGCCUGAUUGCAGAGUCUCUUGAUAUGCUUGCAUACUCAGCCUCCAGCAAAGCCAAGGUACCCGAAGAUGAAGAGAACAAGUUCACACGUGAAUUGCUGACCAGUAUUUAUCUCCGCUUGCAGGGCAAGGCUGAGGAGGGAUCCCGCCUGCUGGAAAACCUGCUCCCACGGGUUAUUACGCCCGCGACCAACCCGCCUCCUUCAAAGGUAUCUUAUCACCCCGUGCAGGAGCCUUGGGCAGGUCCUGCCGCGCUUUAUGAGCGAGCCAUGUUUGAAUGGGCCAAGAACGGGCGAAAAGGUGCACCUAAUAUCCGCCAAUGGAUAAAACUGCUCACCCAAUGGGAUGGAGACUACGAGCUAAGCACUCGUAUCAACAUUAGAGCCACUGCCGCCACAGACCGUUUGGACAUUUACCGCCUCUAA